AUGGCGAUAGAAGCAUCUGCAAAGCGUCAGCGUACCAAUGGCGCAUCCAUCAAGUCGCCGAGCAAGACUCUCCCUACUCCACUCUCUACGGAGCAGUUGCAUACCUUGCGUCAUGCUCAGUACCUCGACAAUGGAGUCAGCGCAUUGGAGCAGCUCGAGAACUUAAGAGCCGGUGCAGCUGAUCUUGGUCAAAUCGCCUGGUCGCUUCAGAACAUAGUUGCAACCGCCUCCAACAUUCAAGCGGCUGCAUCCACAUCAGCACGCGGCCAUGUGAUCGUUCAAUAUCCUAUCGCCUCAUCAUCAAAGAGCUCACUUCCUCCCAGCUACCUCUACCCAGAUCAAGCCAGCUUCUCGACAAGUUCGUCUGCAGGUCCAUCUCAAUCUCGUCUGGUCGCCCCCGCUAGCUAUGACGAUCCCAAACACAUCUCCUUCAGUCCUUGCGGGUACUACCUUUGUGCCUACUUUCCCCUACCAGGCCGCUCAGGACUAUCAAAAGCGGUCGCGACCUCGGCAUCACCAGGCCCGUUACCCAUUCCACCAUCAGAUCGCCUUGCCGUGGCUGGUCCGCUUCCAUCAACUGCGAACGCUCCUCUGCUCAACCAGCUCAGUAUCACAACACAACUGACGGACACGUCAUUGUCGAUACCGCAGGCCCCUUCUGCCUCAGCAGCAUCAAAUUCACCAAGUGAUCCACCAACUUCCAAAGUGUGCAUCUGGUCCCGAGCUGAGACGGGUGCGCUAAAUGACUGGAAGCUGGUCCAAGUCACCCCAGUCAAGUCCUCUUCCAGCGCAGGAAAGUCUGCUGCAUCUAACAAGCCAGACAACGUGCUCAAGAUCAAUGAUAAAGGGCAACAGAUUGCAAGAGACGGCAGCCGUUCGUCGCCAUCCGAUGAUGAUUCUUCGAAGCAAGCUGUCCUACUAGGCGGUAUCAAGAAGGCUGUCUGGCUGAAUCGCCCUCGUCGUCGAGUUGUGCUUGGAUCUUCAGCUUCCUCAUCCAAUCAUUACGGCUCAAACCCGUUCAGUCGGCUAGCUGCCCGUGGACCCAGCUUUCUCUCCGCCAGCGCAUCUUCAGGGGAGGAUGCUGGUCCCGACCCGGAUGUCGCACUUGCCGUCUUCGGUCAUCAUGGUCAAGUCACUUUGCUUUCUUCUCGCAGGUCAGACAGAGAAGCGAUGAGGCUCAACCUCGGCUCAAUGCAAGACGCAAGCUCCUCAUCAACUUCCGAGUACGGCUUCUUCACCAGCAUCCUUCAAUCCUCACUUUAUACGCCACGUUUACAACCCUCGCCAAUCACGCUCGACUCUGCUCCCAGUCUUGGAGAACGCCAGCCCGGUCAAGACGCGGCCUACAGCUCUCCGUUCUCAACAAGCAAAGGCGACAAUCACGACCAAGAUGCACGUUUGACCCAUCUCGCCGUUGGCAUGCCUGCCAACGACUCGGUCCUGAUCGUCGCAUCAAAGCGAUCUUCCACCGCCUCGUCGCUCAUAGACCUCACUGAGGUCACUGUCGACUUGCAAGGAGAAGCAAUUACGAUGAUCACUCGGCCUCUGCAACCUGCAUCCCUGUCUUCAGCUAGCUUCGGCAGCUCAAGCGAUGCACAACAGGACGGCACUGCCAGUCCAGAGAACGACGCUGCGCCCGUGGAUCUUGACGGAAUCUCUAUCCUCACAUGGGCAGAGGUAGAGGGUCAUUCUGUCAACGGGACUGAUCAGACUACGGGAUCAUCUGGGUUGAGGUUGAUCGCUGUUUCCUCGCAUCUCGAAGCACACGCCGCUAGCGCGUCAGACUCGGCACAUGAAGACAAUCUACAGUCAAACAUGCGCAGCAAUAUUGCAGCUUGGGACCUUGACAAAGCGGAGAACGAGCUGAGCGACGCAUUCGCUUCCCUUGAAUGCAGAAAGACGGGGCAGGCUCCAAAAUGGCUCGAUUGGCAGCUGCGAUUUGCUCAAUCCAAGACGUUACCAGAUAGACUCGUCACCUCGCUCGUUGCAGACGCGUAUGGUCUAGCUGCUGCUGAUCUAGCGAUUCUCACAGCUCUCAGUCCAGCUCCUGGCAAGCAGAGGCUUCUUUCAGAGCAUCUUGCUUACUUUGACCUCAGUAAGCUGGAUCUGGUGGAAAGCGCCUCUGCGGCGAUGCCAGCUCGCGCAAUGUCACGGUCCUCAAGCCCCGUCGUCUCGAGCAACGGCGCUCUUAUCGCGACUCUUUCCAAUGUCCACCAUGGAGCAUCGUCGAGAGGUGUCAUUAUGUGGAAGCUGCCCACGACAGGCGUGACGGACGAUGCUCGUAAACUGAUGUCUGAGCUGCUCGCCUUGUCAUGUUUGCGCAAGUCGGAUGCUAGCGACAUCAGCCGUGCUUUCGCUUCGUCUGCAAUCGACGACAAUGUUGGUAAGCUUCUUGUCGAGGUUGGCGACCUACUCAAGAUCACCGACUCCAAAAGACAAGAUGUGCUCGUCAAGAUCGAGGGUGCAACACAGAAGGGACCUAGCCACGAUACCAACAGCAUCCCUUUCCAUCAUGCGCUUCGCUUGCUCAAGAUCCGUAUGGCCAUGGGAUCGGCGAUGGCUAAUGCCAAGUCGAGUGUGCGUCUGGAGCGACUCAUCCUUGAGUUGGCUCUCUGCUAUCAGGUCUUGCGUUUAGCUCGGACCAUGACAGAGGUGACGCUGACACCGCCGCCACCGCCAGCAGAGAACAAGAAGAAGUCAAGCGCGGCUGCAAAAGCUGCUGCUGCCAGUACUACCAAUGCCAGCGAAACGCGCGUUCGGGUGUACUACCGCCUCGAAAGCGUAUGGCCACUUCUUGCUCAGCUACAGUGGUUCCUCACGCUGCUUGAUGGAGUCAGUAAGCUUGCCCUGGCUACCUCAAUGGUCACAGACGCAUCAAAAGCAGACUCCAACAGUGCAACAAAAAAGAGUUCUCCCGAACAAGACUUCCUCCGAAUGCUCAACAAGCCCACACCCCGUCGACUUGUACUCCAAAUCGCCGCCCAUUUCUGCGACUUUGUAGAAUGGAUCAACAGCACCACCAAAAAGGAGAAUCUUCCACCAGCAACAGGUACAACCGCAGGCGAUGAAGCGAUGGCAUUCUUCUCCUCGACCAACUCCGCUGAUGCCGGUGGAGAUGGAAGGGUGCUAGCAGUCAGUGAGCAGAUGUCGCUUGCGAGAGAUGCGUUGAGGCUGGUUGCAGGCGAUGCGAGUAUCGAUUUGGCUGACUUUGCGCAGUUGUUGGCAAAGAUCGAGGCGGAGUCGAGUAGUGCCAGUGGGGUUCGUGAAGCUGAUCGUUUUUGGUGGGCUACACUUAGUGGGAAAGCAGAUGUGGGUGGGGCAGAGGUGAAUGGGAACCUGAAAGCGGAGGGAGAAGAGUUAGGAGGGAUGGAGGGCAAGUUGUUGAGUUUGAUUGUUGAUCCGGAAUCGGGAGCUUUGGUGGACGUGUUGACGCUGUUCGUUUCGCCUGCAGAUAUUUCGGAUGAGCGGAAUGUGCUGUAUGAGAAGAGCACUGAGGAUACAGAAGCAGCAGAUGAAGACGUCUCAUCGUUAAUGAAAGCUCUCUCGGCAAUGUCAGCGAAGCGUAGCGGCGACGAAACAAGGCGAGAUAUUGUUCGCAAAGUCUCUCUCCGCAAUGCUGUUACUCAAUCGGUCAUUGUCAACGACGCUGCGACACUCCUCGGCACGCACUCUACAACCCCGAUCCCCUCUGCUCAGCGUCUUCAACCGCCAUUUCAACCCAACUCCACUGGCACUGCUGGUACGGAUGCUACCAACCCCAGCACAGGCGAAGCGAACGAUACGAUGGUCAAACUCUCACUUAUGCGAGCAAAGCGUUGUGUACGAUGCUAUGCUCUAUCCCAAGAUCCUGUUUUGGUAACAUACUCUCUCUCCCCUCCGACAGCAGUACCUGGAGCACCUGGAGGAGGUAUGAUGGUAGACCCGAACUUGCCACCACAAGUACAGAUGCAGAUGCAGGUUCAAAUGCAAAUGCAAGUGAUGCAACAAGACGGACUCCCUUUCAUGCCGGUACAGAUGAUUCAACCACAGCCGAAGUUGGUUGCGAUCGAAGUCUUGGCUCCUACCCAAGGUACAGGUGGUGCAUUUAGAUUCAAUUGUCUUUGCGGUGGAGGUUGGUGGGUGCUCUAA